AUGGCCUCAAUAUUGAGACAGAUUGUAGCUGGCCCCCGCGCCAGGCACGCUGAAGCUGGUCUUGACCUGUGCUAUGUUACAGACAACAUCAUUGCUACAUCAGGCCCCAGCGGCACCUAUCCCCAGCGCGCAUACCGAAACCCUCUCGACUCCCUUGUAAAGUUCCUCGACUCGAAGCAUGGCGAUAAUUGGGCAAUAUGGGAGUUCCGCGCUGAGGGCACUGGCUAUCCAGACAGCGAAGUCUACAAUCGCGUAUACCACUACCCUUUCCCUGACCACCAUCCACCCCCCUUCGCCCUCAUACCGAACAUCAUGGCCAGUAUGCGCAACUGGUUGAAGGAGAAGGAGGGGCGCGUAGUGGUCGUACAUUGUAAAGCCGGAAAAGGCAGAUCAGGUACAGCAAGCUGCAGCUACUUGAUGAGUGAGGAAGGCUGGCCGAUGGAGAAGGCUCUACAACGAUUUACCGAGCGGCGCAUGCGACCAGGAAUGGGCUACAAGGGAGUCAGCAUACCCAGUCAGCUGCGGUGGCUCACAUAUGUGGACCGCUGGGCGAAGCAUGGCAAGAUGUACGUGGAGAGACAAGUCGAAGUGUUGGAAGUACACUGCUGGGGCCUGAGAGAUGGCGUCAAGAUUCAGAUUGAAGGCUUCGUCGAGGAUGGUAAGCUCAUCAAGAAUUUCCACACAUUCACAACGGAAGAGCGAGAGGUUGUGAGAGGCGAGGUCAAGACAACGGGCAUGGCACAAGCAGUGCAUGAGGUCAUGUACAAGAAUGGACUGAGUGGCUCAUCUGGCAAGGCCAACGCGCAGCAAGACGGCAACAAAGACACUUCUCAGAAUGCCAGCAGCUCGUCGCUGGAAGUAACUCGUGACGCAGACGGUACUGCAACCCCUCAGGUGAGCUCCAAAGAAAGUCUCCUCCCAGGCACGGGCGACGUUGUCUUCCGACCUUCGAAGCGAGUCGUGCUGCCAACGAACGACAUGAACAUUGACGUCGAGCGUCGCAGCAAGGCUGCGUUUGAUCUUACCAUGGUCACGGCGGUCGCACAUGUCUGGUUCAACACGUUCUUUGAAGGAAAUGGCGCGGAGAAAAAUGGCAUGGCGGACGAUUCAGGCGUCUUCGAGAUCAACUGGGAUGCAAUGGAUGGUAUAAAAGGUUCAUCUCGCAAAGGUACGCAGGCAUUUGAGCACAUUGCUGUCGUGUGGCGCGCGCUCAAUGCUGAGGAUGGGCGACCUGGCGUUGUCAUUACCGAGCCCAAGGAAGGCGAGGAAGUUCGGCAGACAGGCCCUACAGACUGGAAAGGCACAAAAGGUGUCGAGCCGAGUGAAGGCAAGGAUCUUGGCUUGCGUAUCUCAAGCCCAGACGAUUCAGAGGUCGAUCUUACCCAUACAGAUGCUAUCAAAAGCGCGAAUGAGCAAAACAAAACCGCCAUCAGGAUGCCUGGCCGCCGGAACAGUGGCGAGAGCGAUGAUAGCGAUACCAGAGAUGUCCGAUCACACGGUCCUAAUGGCGAGGAAGUCCUUCAAUAUUCCACAAGUGCAAGGACAAGUCUGGAAACUAGCGGGAACAGCAAAGGGCCGCAGGCGACAGCCUCGCAACCCAUCUUGACAAGUCAGCCCGAGGGCUCAGCGGCGCACUCGAGACCACCCUCUGUAGGUUCGCACAAAGGCACGCGUCAUGUAGAAAAGAUCAUCGACAACGUGAAGUACCACGUGUCUGGCGCAGCUUCGACGGGCGACCUACCCGACGGGAAGCCAGAAGGCGAGAUGAAGGAUGCGAAGGAACAUGGACUUGGCCACGUGGGAAGGAGUAAGCUCUCAAAUUGA